GUUUAUUGUGACUGGAUUUUUUGCUUCACUGUGAGUUUUAUAAAGUUCAGUGCUUGCAGGUCAAAUUCCAAAGUCUCAUGUUUAGUUGUCAACACUUCUGUCAGGGUCUCUGCAGAGCCCCUUCCAAAUUAAGCUGAAAAUGCAAGACGAUGUGUUUCAUUCUUAACGUUAUGAAACUCUCAUCACCCAUGAAAACUGCUCAGCCUGAAGCUGUAAACCUAUCUGGUGAGAGUGUUAUUUCCCCGUGUUUUUUUUUUUUUCGCCUUGUCCAACAUGAUCGUCUUUUAAAAGAAAUUUCACCAGCGGUUUCGUUUGCCUAGCUCCGUCUUUCACCAACUUGGGUUUACUCUUUUGGCUCGUCGGCAAAUGUUACGAGGGGUCGUUCCCAGUAGAAGAAAUUGAAACCGUCCACACCUGCGCUAAAGGUGCAGUGCAUGAGAGCUCAUUGUGAAUUUGCGAGUUUGGAGACGGAGGGACAUGUGCGGAUACGGGCAGCGAGUCCAACCUCGGGAUAAUUCUUGCAAUUUCUUUCAGGAUUUACCGGGAAUUACACGGUCAGCAAGGAAAAUUAUACGACGCUAAUGCUGCCUGGUUAUUCUCUGGUAAAGGGGAAAAAACCCUGCCCGUCUUGCGGAGACAGGUUUGUGUAGGGACUGCAGAGGAAGAAAAUCAGAUUUGUUUAUAGAGCUAAAUUUGAGACUGCCUGAGAAAUUUAAUAUUUCUCCAUCGUUACGAAUGAAGAUUUUUCAACGGUGUCUUAAAAAGAACAGAGUUGCUACAGAAACUUGAUGUCAGAAAUCUGUGUACUUUUAGUGUGGCUUGAGCAAGUUGGCUGUUACCCUGACAAAUUAAGCUAUAGUUUCUUGAUUUAAAGAGAUUUCUUGUUGGCAUGGUUUUCUCAUCUUCACAUUUAUCUCUAAUUGGCUUCAAAAGUGGACCCUCUUUGUUCAGCCGGCAGAACUCAUUACUCUGUCAAAAUAACCUGUUUCGGACAGCUACGAGAUAAAUUUGUCUGGCAAAAUUGGAAUAUUAGCGGAGGAAUUUAGACUUUGACUUUGCACUUUAAACAAGCAGAAGCAUUUGCAAAAAUCCAUGCCAGCUGGCAUAUAUUCGAGUUCGACGGAAGCCUCCAGGGGCUGUUUAGGGAAAAAAAAUACUGCGUCGUCGUCAGUGAACGUGGGAAUGAUGUACAUGUGAUAAUGUAACACUGGAUCGUUUGCAAGUGUUAAACCUCCGAUUGGAAAUAUUAUCACCUUAUGAAUUACCCCAUCUGUUCCCAGAUAACAUCAGGUUUUACAUUGCAGGAAGCGUUUUUUAUUCCAACGUGCAUAAUUAUAUCUGGCCAUUAAUGGAAUGCUGUAAAGGCUAUUACCGAGAAGAAAGAAAAGGAGAAAUGAAAAAAAAAUAAUGAUAAUACGCCACCAGAUUGCCGAUAUUGCUUUUUUUUUGUAGCGUGCAAGCGGUGUACUUUAAUGUAGAAUAAAAUAGCCAGAAUUAAAUUGCAGUUGCUAAUUGUGGUGUAUGAAGAGACCUGCAUAUGUAUGUUUAUACUUGCGUCAGAUUUGUUGACUGAUAGAACAACACUUCAAGACUCCGAGAGUAAAAUUGAUGUGUGAAAAGUGUGAAUGAACCAUUGCCAAGGUAACGCAAGCAGUAUCUCUGUUUUUUUUUACAACGCGUUGGAGGACAAUAAAAGAAAACCAGCUGCUGAGGCACAAAAGAAGUAGAAAAAUGUCUGCCCACUUGGCCGGCUGUGUGCUUUAGCUCGACCGAACGGAGUAUUUACUUGUCGGAGCUCCGACAUAAUUUACUCCCGGCUGCUGGGGGUCACUGUUGCUGUCCGUCAAGAUUCUUUUAAUUCACAUGUCCAUGACGGCUGUGAUGGAUGCCGUGCAUCUCUGAGACGGAGACCAGGAUAAUAACCAAGCCAAGCCGUACGUGGAUGUCAAGUCACCGCAUACUCACGUGCACAACGUGCCGUCAUGCUACAUCUUUAGAACUCAUUAACGUGUUUGACAUUACGGUUCUGAUUUCUGAAGUUGAAGGGCUUUCAUGUUUUUAAUGCGGCACAGGAGCUUAUUUUGCACUUGAGUGUAUCUUUUGUUGGCAACGCAGCCGGUACCCGACCACAUCAGCUGUAUGCGCAACAAGCCGGUGUCAUCCACUCUAAUGUACACACUCACUGUGCUGGCAUCAACUCCCUCCUCGAGGCUUGCGUCUUUUAUAAUAUCACGCUGACUCUAUUACCACUGUGGUAACCAAAAAAAAAAAAACACACACCAAAUAUUGAGCUGCUGGGCUUCAGGCUACAUUCACAGCCAGUGUCACCGACUGAAUUACCAUAACGGACAUCGGGCGAAGCAAAAGGGGAACCUGGUCCUCUCAGUUCACGCAGUAACAACACCACCCCUCAGUGAUGUAGGCCUACAUACAUUCAAGGUGCUGUUGGUGGAUUUCUUUUUAUCUAUCCUGCUGCCGGCACAAUUCUCAUCUCGAGAUGAUUAUAUGCAUUCCUGUGAACAGUCGUUAAGUAUUUCUUGAGGGAGUAGGUUAUUGCACGGCUACUGAAUAGGCCCUUGUGCCCCACGUGUGCGGGAGGCACAUGAUACUCCAACAUAUCUGCUGCUGCAAUCACCAAAAAAAUCAGUCCGCAGUCAUCUUUUUUCUUUCUUUCAUAACCUUCUCCGACCUCUUAUUUUCCGGUCAGAAGUUUUGCUCUAUUGGCGAACGGCUGAGGCGGAUUAAUCCGUUUUUCACAGUGCACUUGAUCAUCUGAAUAAAAAAACAAACAAACCAAAAAAACAAGAGAGAAACGGCUGAGGAUUUCCACAUGCCACCUGUGAAUGCCCAGUCGAGGGUGUCGAGUCGGCUUUCAUUGCCCUCCUGGUGUAGGGCGCGACGACAACGCUGCGGCAACGGCUACAAUCUCAUGAUGACCGCGCAGGGGAUCAUAAACCGGCCCCUCUUUGUGCCCUGCACUUCGGCCCUGGUCAUGGCUCUGAAGGACCAAGCCCAGAGCGUGGUGGACAUGGUCAUGGUUGACUCCCGGAAGACUCUCAAGGAUGUAUUGGAAGAAUUCCAUGGAAACGGUGUCCUCUCCAAGUACAAUCCAGAGCAGCCAAUCAACUAUGAGGGUUUCAAGCUCUUCAUGGAGACCUACCUGGACGUGGACAUGCCGGAGGACCUGUGUCGUCACCUCUUCCUCUCCUUCGUCAAGAAGACACCCAUGGUGACCGCCCACCACGACGUGGGGCUCAAGGGUAAGGAGUCCGCGCAGCUGGACGUGACCAGCAUGAUGGCCGCCGCCACCACGCAAACGGCCUGUGCCCCCAUCUGCACGGGGGCCGGCAGCGCAACCUCGGUCCAGAAAAGCGGCGCGCCGGCUACGGCUGCCACGACAUCGCCACCGGCCCAAACUACAACCACCACAACAACCACCAUCACAUCUACAGAGCAGGGUAGGGGAGCGGCAGACAAUGCAAGCCCUGCCCAAUCCCGCAGCUCCUCCAAGAAGUCCAACGCCUCCAACGGCACCCCUUCGAGUCAUUCCACAACCCAUGCCUUGCAGGCCCAGGCGGAGAGCCCCAAGAGCGAAACAACAGUGACGUCCAACGGCAGGAAAAAGAAAGACAAGGAGCUGAACAAACGGGGUCGUUUCUUCCUCUCUCUCCGCAAGAAGAGGAAAAAACGGAUGCGGACCAAGAGCUCUGGACAGGAGGACGGGGGACCCCAGAUGGGCGGCGGGAUGGGCGGUGGGACCAGCUACCCAGACGUGGAGGACCAGGUGGUCUAUAUGAAGGACAUCGUCUGUUACUUGUCGCUACUGGAAGGAGGCAAGCCGGAGGACAAGCUAGAAUUUAUGUUCAGACUUUACGACACUGACGACAAUGGAAUUCUUGACAGCAGUGAACUAGACUGUAUCGUCAACCAGAUGAUGCACGUUGCAGAAUACCUCGGCUGGGACGUCACAGAAUUAAGACCAAUUCUCCAAGACAUGAUGAUCGAGAUUGACUACGACUCCGACGGCACUGUGUCUCUAGAGGAAUGGAUUCGUGGAGGCAUGACCACAAUACCUCUGCUUGUUCUCCUGGGUUUAGACACGAAUGUGAAAGACGACGGGAACCACGUGUGGCGGUUGAAGCAUUUCAACAAACCAGCCUACUGCAACCUCUGCCUCAAUAUGCUGGUGGGCCUCGGCAAGCAAGGCCUGACCUGCACAUUUUGUAGAUACACUGUGCAUGAGCGCUGUGUACAGCGAGCGCCUGCCAGCUGCAUUAGUACCUAUGUCAAGUCCAAACGAACGUCAAAUACUGCAACUGCACGACAACAAUGCCUUUCCAAACGGGAUGCUGAGGUUUGGGGGGAGGUACCGGUGAUGAACCAUCACUGGGUGGAGGGCAACUGCCAUGGCAAGUGCGACCGCUGCAAGAAGUCUAUCAAGAGUUACGGGGUGACGGGACUUCACUGUCGCUGGUGUAAAAUCAUGUUACACAAUAAAUGUGCGUCGUUAGUGAAACCAGAAUGCAACAUGGGAGAGUUCCGUGACCAUAUCCUACCCCCAACAGCCAUCUGCCCAGCUGUACUGGGACGGGUAAAUUCUGUACGCAAAUCCACCCAUGGCAAGUCUGCAUCGGCCAAUAUAGAGGAGAGGAGAAGUACCCUAACCCCUAAAGACAGCAACACAUCUGAGGAUGUAGAAGGACCAAGAAAGCUGGUGACGAGGACAGACUCCAUGUCCAUGGAAGGACAGGGCCUGCAGAUCACGCCUCUCCCUGGCUCCCACCCCUUAGUCGUUUUUAUCAACCCCAAGAGUGGCGGUCGGCAGGGAGAACGCAUCAUGCGUAAAUUCCAGUAUCUCCUGAACCCUCGUCAGGUCUAUGACCUCAGCAAAGGGGGACCCAUGCCGGGCAUGAAGUUUUUCAAAGACGUGAAGAAUUUCCGCGUGCUGUGCUGUGGAGGGGACGGCACAGUAGGCUGGGUGCUAGAUUGCAUUGAUAAGUUGGGCUUUGAUCCGCGUCCACCCGUGGCCAUUCUUCCCCUGGGAACAGGCAACGACCUUGCCAGAUGUCUCAACUGGGGAGGAGGCUAUGAUGGAGGCAGCCUUACUAGAACCCUACAUGAUAUGCAGAGUGCUGAGAACACCUUCCUAGAUCGCUGGCACAUUGAGUUCAGCACGACCAGCACCGACGAACAAGGAGACCCUGUGCCGUACAAUAUCAUCAAUAAUUACUUCUCAAUAGGAGUUGAUGCCUCUAUUGCCCACCGGUUCCACACUAUGAGGGAGAAACACCCCGAGCGCUUCAACAGCCGCAUGAAGAAUAAACUCUGGUACUUUGAGUUCGGCACCUCGGAAACAUUCGCAGCGACUUGCAAGAACCUGCACGAGGACAUUGAUAUCAUGUGUGACGGUGUCUCCCUAGACCUUGCCAAUGGCCCCUCCCUGGAAGGCAUCGCCGUCCUCAACAUCCCCAGCAUCUACGGUGGAUCCAACCUCUGGGGCGACACGCCCAGCGGCAAGAAACGCAAACGCCUCGCCAAGAAGGCGCAGAAGAGACGAGAGAGUGAAGGUCACUCGGCCGUGGGUGCCACCCAUGACAUGGACCUCACCUUUGCCAAGCAGUCCAUCGGUGACAAACUAAUUGAGGUCAUUGGUCUUGAGAGUGCCCUCCAUGCUGGCCAGGUCAAGGCUGGUAUCCGUUCCUCCGGUCGCCGGCUAGCUCAGUGCUCCACGGUGACCAUCCGUAUCCUGAAACGAUUCCCCAUGCAGAUAGACGGCGAACCCUGGCUACAACCACCUUGCACUAUUGCGAUCACGCACAAGAACAGUACCCCUAUGCUGAUUGGCCCCCCACCCAAGAAGAGCUUUCCUGGUCUGCGGAACCUCUUCUCUCGACCCAGCAUAUCGGAAGAGGAUCCCAGCGACAUACGCAUCUAGCGACGCCGACAUCGUCGACAAAUGACCGAUGUAACGGAACGUGUAGUUGACGACAGUGACAUCCUACGUGCAUACUGUAUAUAUAUCAGCCAGAGCAAGGCAAGACAUCAACUACGUUAUACGGUCAGACAAUGAAACAAACAAAUCUUGACAGCCAACAAUGAGAACAGUUGUUUAUAUGUUUUUGAGCAAUCUGGGUGAAAGAUGACAAAAACAUUUUUAAAAGGGUUAACAAUUUGAUUUGAUAAAUAACUCAGAGGAGUCCAUUUUAUUGAGCUGCCAUUUUUCAAGCCAAACUGCUAAGCGUAUAUUUUUUUCUUAGCACACUCCACUGGUACCCGGUCAAUACUGUGUAUAAUUUACGUAUUGCCUUUGGCCGGUUUACCACUUGUCUGCUAAGGAAAGAUACUUGCUUAACAAGUACUUCCUGCCGAUAUCAGCUUAAUCAAAUUGACACCUGGGAAGGCAGACUGUUUUUUUUCUCUUUUUUUUUCAAAUGACUUUUUUUAUGUUCUAAAAGGAAUUUCAAUUUACGUAGCCUUAUUGUAAAUUGUACAUCACAAGAGAAGUAUGAAAUGAAAAGUGUACCUUGAAAGCAAGUACAAGAAAGUAGGGGCGUAUCUUAAGUAACAUUUUUAAUUUGUUUUACGGUUUAUUACUUCCAUUACAAAGGAGUAUUUUGCUAUUUUCUGGAAUCAGUAUUUUCUUCUCUUUGUUUUAGGUUAGACAUUUGUAAGGCUUUUCCGUUCAUAGGGGAAAAAACACCUUGUUCGGGUAAAUGCAAAAAAAAUCCACAACAUUUGCAAGAUGAGUGGCUGGACCACAGUUCCUUUUAGUGGCAAAGUUUGCUUUCGAUAGUUGGCAGGAAAAAUAAAUCGUGGCGGUGGAGAUGGCACCGUCUCUGCUCCAAAUGCCCAAAAUGCUUCACCUUGUUUUAAGGAAUAUUUUCAGCAAAAAAAUUAAAAACAUUCCCAAUGUCGCAAAUCCAUGAUCUCAUAUAACCUUGUGAUGAGAACUUUUGAUAACUCGAAAUUGUUUCUCCUCUUUUGCAAUAUAACUGUCAACUGGCAAAGCUAUAUUUAAACUCUGCCUCACGAGUGGUCGUGUAGUGCAUGAUGACUUCUGUUAUUGUCCUAGAAAUGUUCUAACUUUGCCACAUUCUCCCCGUACCAUAUGUUUGCUGCCACCACUUGGUCGAAUCCGAACAAUGUUAUUUACCAGCUAUAAAUUGAAGUGCAUGUAUACUGUGCCGUCUUUGCCUCAUUUGUCUGUUUUCUAACUCGACCACAAAUCCAAAUAUUUCAUUUUCAGUUAGCUCUGUGCAUCCCUUUUCUCUGUUUAAGAAAUUUCUGUAAAAAAAAAAAUUAAAAUUAACUAUAUUAUAAUUGAAUAAGUCUAUUUUUUACUAAUGUGUUUCUCCGGGUGUAAAUAAACUUGGUGUAUGAAGAUUUUAUUUUGUAAUGGUUUCUGGGGGUUAGGAAUUUUGGUGGUUGAUGGGUGAGUUUGUGUUUGCCUUAUGACUAAAUUUGAAUUUACAUGGAGGCUGACAAACUACAUUGUUUAAAUUGUUUUUUAUAUGUUGAGUGGCUGGACACUUUCCAAAGUGCUUAGACAUUUGAGGUUUGACAGAAAAUUCUCCGGUCAAAAAUCCGUCAGUUGCCAAGUCGAGCUCUUUUUAAUUUAAGUCGUACCAGCCUUUACUGUCCACCUGGCCACUAAACUUCUCUUCUAUUUGAUGGCCUUAACGAUACUUUCCAAAUCUGUUGGGUGACCUUGCACAAUGUCCACCAGUGUCUGUCGCCAGUUACUUAGUCCCUUCACUUCAUUUGGCCGGCAACAAGUGUGCAGAGUACAUCACGCAGUCUCAUUUAAUGGUCAUUGAUUGAUUUGCUGGCCAGCAGUUUGGUCCAGUUAAAAACGAUGGCCACAGAUUAGGUGGCCAGCACUUUCAGCCAAGAGUGGCCAAGAAUUGUUACCGCCAAUCUGUAACUUCGCAAUGACUACAGCGUGGUUGGUGCUGAUAUUUUUGUGGUGGCCUGUACUUUUGUCUGGUCAAAAUGUUGGCCAAAGAGGGUUUACACAGAUCAGUUACUUCUCCACCGGUAGUCGUUAUUUUCCCUCUACCUAUCUGGCAGCCAACACGCUGAACCAGUGGCCAUUCCUUUCCAUCAGUCUUUAACUUGACCAAUUUUGUUUAGUACCUGGGCUCAAUUUCAUAGCACUGCUAGAGCCUCUGUCUAUUUCAUGGAGACCGUUCUGGCAGUAAGCGCAGCAAAAGGUACGCUUACCUCAGAGGACAAAGCUACUUACUUUGUGACACAUAACAGCAGUAAACGCCAUGUGGGUGUGACCGUUCACGCAUCUUUCCUGCUAACUGUUAAGCAGCGCCAUGAAAUUGACCCCUGGUUGCUAACUUAUUUACUGGUGUAUACUUGAGAACCUUGCCAAUAUAGAACCCAAAAUUUGGUGAAUUGUCAACACUCACCACGUUGCAGUUCCAGUAAAUCUUUCUGUGGUUAUAUUUAAUAAUGGUCUGGGUGGAAACCAAGAAUAGUUUAAGUGAAUCAGUUGAUUGGUGUAAGUGUAUCUCAUGCGAAGGAUCAGUCUAAAUGCUAAUUAUUUUUCUCAUUUUAAAUUUAAUGUAUUCUUGUGUAUAGGUUUAGUCUUCUGCUUUGCCAACAUUCAUACAUUUUUGUUACCUGCUUUAGAGAAUUUUUGUCCAAUUUUUUUCAUGUCAGCAAAAUUGUGAGGAUUUUGGGUUUUUUUUAGUUUGGUUUACAUUAUUAAGCAUUUACUCCCACCACUGAAUAAUAAAGUUAUUAAAGGCACAUCAAUGCAUACAAACAUUGAAUGUAUUAAUCUUUAAUGUGAUUUAUAAAGUGCUCAAAAAAGAUGUUAGCAAAAGUGUUACCCACUUAAAUGCAUAUCAUAUUAAAGGUUUUCGUUUUUAGUAUUUUACUUUAGAGUAAACUCGUACACAGAAUCUGAGCAGGUAUCAAGUGCUAAUAUAUUCAUUAGUUAUUUGAAAAAAAAUAUACUUUGCAUUUCUUUGGAUUGCAUUAUUGUUAAAAAUCCACUGAUUUUCAGUUGGAAUGGUGACAAAAUUUCGUGAGGACACCAGACCCAAAGUUCAAUUGUGCAGCUCAAGGGAGGAGCUUCGAUUUACUGCCCACUACGAGAGUCUCUGCCAUUUUUCAAUUGAUUUUUACUUGAUGUAUAAAAGCAUGGCAUUAAUUUGAUAGAAUGAGGGGUGUUUUCUAAUCUAAGAGAUUCAUUAAUUCCUUACUUUAAGCAUAUUGUCUUUCAUUCAAAUUUUAUCUUGCAUAAUCAUGCAUUUACAUGUAUAUGUAAUGGUAGUCCCUGAUGACUUUAGACACUAACUACGUGUUCAAAAGAAAUUUAUAUGACAGUACAGUGUAGAACUAUGCAUUUUGCCAUAUUAAUUAACUUGUAUUUGAAUAUAAACUUUACUAUUAACAUAUCCUCUACAUAUACUGACAAGUUCAUUGUGGUUUUAAUAUUUAACAUGGUUAUCGUUUAUAGAAGUUUUUCAAGCACUUGUUUCAAAAUGGAGGUAAGAAGUUGUCUUAGUGAUUGUGUUUUCCGGAGCAUUUUAUUUUAUUUGGCCUCAUAUACAUGUCACUUCGGGCAGCUGUAUGUAGUCUGUGUAGUUUACUGAAAUACAGGUGUAUUAUGUUUUAAUAUUUCAGUGAGUAGCAUGUAGAUGCAUGCAUUAUGUUCAGUUGAUUUCCCAUUCAGCAAUAUAGAAUAUACCAAUGGACUCCAUGGACAGACACAAAGAGGGCGCUGUGUGCUUAGGGCACGUUGACAUAGCCAAAUCACUGUGUGUUUUGUAGCAGCAUUUUAUGGGAGCUAAUAGGCUAAUUCCGGUUUCCUUUUGGUUUUGACUUCAAAAGGCGAGGUGGGGACCAGUUUAAAAGUACAUUAGUAAGCAGGAGGUCGUGGGUUCGAGUCCCACCGAGUAAGCUCGUGAAUUUUUCUCGUGAUCCCUCGGACAACACUGACUAAGGGCAAAACCCAACAAAAAAAGAAAAGUUUAAAAGUCAGACUUCACUUAUUUUAAUCACAGGAUAAAAAUAUAAAUGCUUCACACUGACAGUUAUAAUUUACAUUUUCAUCUGAGAGUUUACGUUCACGGAGUCCAUAUUUUGUAAAGUUUGGCUUUUUUGAAACCCUGUUGCAUAUCUUAUCGGCUGUUAUUUUGAAUCUUUUGUUUUGGUGUUAGACGAGCCAUAGCAAGUCUUGAUCAGUAACACUUUUUUUACUUUAGAUCAUAAAUUUCACAGGGUUAUUGUACUGAGAUUUUUUAUUACCCAACAUUGUUUAGAUUGUUUAACCAGUGCUUGCUGUUUUAUGAUUUGUGAGACAUGAUUUGUGUAUCUUUUCAUAUGCACCUUGAGAAGAAAAAAAAUGGCCUUUACGGUUAUUAUUUGAAGAUUAAAAAAAAAUAUUUUAACAUUUUUAACAGAUCCAUAAUCAGGUGAUACGAAAUGUAAAAGCUUAGAUCAGUUUACUCUAUGAUGAAUGUUGUAAAAUGCGAUUUUAAAAAGAAAAAUCUAGAAUGUAGACUAGAAAGUGUCGAGUGCUUUGAAUAGCUCAGAGAUUAUGGUUACAAAGUUUUGAUUUUUGUCCAUUUCCUGAAAACCGGUCUUCAUUUCGGGGCACAUCAGGCAUCUGAGUAUUGUUGGGAGAGAAAAAUGUUAUGAGCAUCACCACACGUCAAAAUCUUGAUUUCUUUUUUUUUAUGACGUUGAAUAGCUGAAUUUAAGUUUGGGAUGUGUAGUGUGUAGGAUUUGUGAUUAUGAUAUUAUUUCCUCAUUUGUCUGUUUGAUUAUUCUCUUGAGGGUAAACGCCAGAUGUGUAAAUAUUCAAAUUGUCCUGAUCUUUUACUUUGGUCAAAAUAGAAAAUCUUUAUUAAACAGAAUUAACAUGUACAGGAAUAAUGUAAAUUACAGAACUAUGGUGUUUAUAAAAAAAAAAAGAUUUUGCUGGGGUUUAUGAAGGGUAGCUGUUUACGCUGAAAUUAUUUUCAAGUAACUUAUUGGUUUAAGUAUGGUAGACAAAAAAAAUCUUGUUUAAAAUUCACUUUAUUUUUUAACAAAAUUGGUUUAAUUGGAAUUAAAGCAGCUUAGAAUAUAGAUGAAUGUGAAUGUUUUAAAGGAACAGUAUAUACACUGAAUCAACAGAUUUUUUUUUAUUGGUCGUAUUAUUAGCAUCAAUAAUACAAUGUUAUUAACCCGUACAGUAUUUCAUCCAAAACUUAAUACAGUGCAUAUCUUGUUGCUUUAAAACAAUCCAAUUUAAGAUGCCUAAUCGUAGACGCUGUGGAGUAGAAGUUAUUGUGAGGGAGAUAUGGUGUUGGAACGGCUUCUUUAUUGAAAAUAAACACUUUUGGGGGAAGCAAUUUGCUCAUUUUAUGUUA